AGUGGUUUCCUCUGCAACUAGCUUUCAUUUCCCCUUCCAAUUUCCACAUUUCAUAGUGGUUUUCCCUAAACCUUAAUUUUCGAUCUUGGUGGUUUCCAAUGGAUUUGAGCACCUCCCCAUCUCUUGCUUGGGCUGAAUCACCUCCCCGUUGGAAAUUCGACGUUUUCUUGAGUUUCAGGGGUGAAGACACCCGCAGGGGUUUCAUCUCCCAUUUAUACCGCGAACUGGAGUUCUGGCAAGCAUUCAAGACUUUCAAAGAUGACCAAGAGCUUGAAAUCGGAGCUGAUAUCUCUCCGGACCUCCUGAGCGCAAUCGAACAAUCACAUCUCGCCAUCGUUGUUCUCUCACCCAACUAUGCUUCUUCCACUUGGUGCUUACAUGAACUUUCCAAAAUUAUCGAGUCCAUGGAAACCAGAGAUAAGAGAAUUCUGCCGGUUUUCUUUAAUGUGGAUCCAUCCGACGUUCGACAUCAAAGGAAGAGCUUUGCUGAAGCCUUCUCUAAGCAUGAAGAAAAGUUUAGUGAUCAAAUAGAGAAGGUGGAGAAGUGGAAAGAAGCUUUAAGAAAAGUGGCUAAUUUCUCUGGAUGGGAUGCAAAGAAUUAUAAAUGUGAAAGUGAGCUUAUACAAGUCAUUGUGAGAUGUGUGUGGGAGAAACUGCAUCCUACAAUCACUUUGUCAAAUUGCAAAGACAAGCAGUUAGUCGGAAUUGAGAUUGGACUUGGGCAAAUGAGUUUGUAUUUAGCUCCUGAGGAAAAGGAUGUUCGAAUUAUAGGAAUAUGGGGUAUGGGUGGAGUGGGCAAGACUACCCUUGCUAGGCUAGUGUACGAGAGAUUAUCCCAUCAUUUUGAAGUGGCUGAGUUUCUUGUUGAUGGUCCUAUAGUUGAUCUUCAAAAACGGGUUCUUUCCCCAAUAUUGAAGGAAAAUAUUUCACAAGUUUGCGAUGAGUACAAAGGAACCUUUUUCAUUAGAAAAUGCCUGUCUAAUAAAAAGGUUCUUCUUGUUGUUGAUGAUGUUGAUAGCUGUGACCGCCUAAAAACAUUGGCCGGAUAUAAAUCUUGGUUUGGUGAGGAAAGCAGAAUCAUUGUUACAACUAGAGAUGAACGUGUGCUCGUCCAGAAUGAUAUAGAAAUGUCAUUUGAGCUAGCGGGCCUAUCUGACAGUAAAGCUAUUGAGCUCUUUUGUCAAAAUGCCUUCAAAAAAGAUCAGCCCAAGGAAGGCUUUUCAGAGCUGGCCAAGUGUUUCGUAGAUUAUGCCCAAGGGCUUCCAUUAGCUCUUGAAGUUCUGGGAGGUUUUCUGUAUAAGAGAGAUCUAGAGGCAUGGAAUAGUGCUUUGGAGUCACUAAAGAGAAUUCCUAAUCCGGAAAUAUUUGAGAAGCUCAAACUAAGUUAUGAUGCGCUAGAUGAUUUGCAGAAGAACAUUUUUCUGGACAUAGCAUUCUUCUACAAGGGGUUGGACAAGGGGCGAAUUAUUGAACUGCUACAACAUUGUUAUGGCUUAAAUGUUCAUAUUGUGAUAGAUGUUCUCGUCGAGAAAUCUCUCUUAACUAUUGAUCUGCCCAAAAAUGUUGGGAUGCAUGGUUUGGUACAAGAAAUGGCAUGGGAAAUUGUUCGUCAAGAGUCUCGGGAAGAGCCUUGUCUUCGUAGCCGUUUGUGCCAUCGUAAUGACAUCUUUCAUGUAUUCACGACAAAUACAGGAACAGAAGCAAUCAAAGGCAUCCGCUUAUGUUUACUUGGUUUAGAAGAGGCAGAUUCAAGCUGGAAUUGUGAAUGUUUCUCUAAGAUGCUCAAACUAACGCAUCUUGAAUUUAAUAAUUUAGUAAUUAAUUCAUGCCCCAAAUUCCUCUCAAAUUUCUUGAGAAUUCUCAAAUGGAAUUGGUAUCCUUUCAAAUCUCUUCCAGCAAAUUUCCGACCAAAUUUACUUGUUGAACUGAAGAUGCAAAGAAGCAAACUUGUCCGGCUUUGGGAUGAAAAACAGGACAUGCCUAACUUGAAAUAUAUGGAUCUUAGUGAGUCCAAAAACUUGAAGAAGACCCCAGAUUUCACAGGUAUUCCGAAUCUUGAGGAGUUGAAGCUUGCAAAUUGUGACAGUUUAGUUGAGGUCCAUGCAUCCAUUGCAGUCCACAAAAAGCUUAAAGAUUUGAUACUUGGUGAAUGUAAAAAUCUCAAGAGCCUCCCAAGUAAGAUAGAAAUGGAUUCUCUCGAGUAUCUCGACCUAAAUAGCUGCUCAAAAGUAGAGAUUCCAGAAUUUGGAGAAGGGAUGAAAAAUUUGUCAAGGCUUUUCAUACCGGGGACCGCUAGUAAGGAACUACCUUCUUCAAUUGAACAUCUUGUUGGCCUAACUUAUCUGUGUAUAUAUGAUAGCAAAAGUCUCCAGAGUCUUCCGGGUGCCGCAAUUUUUAAACUGAAGUCUCUUGAACAACUCAAUAUGGAAAGAUGCCCAAAGCUUAAGAAACUUGUAGAAAAUACGGGGGAGACGGUUUCUUUGAAGCCGCCAGCCUUGCGACAAAUUUUUGGUGGCUUUACGGGCUUAUUUAAAAGAAAGAGUCCAGAGCCUGUGUGCUUGCCGUUGCCAUGUCCAAGGGCUUUACCGUCUUUGCAGGAGUUAUUUCUAGAUGAUUGUAAUCUGUGUCAAGGAGUUAUCCCCGACGAUAUUGGUUACUGCUUGCCGUCUCUAAUUCGCUUGUUUCUUGGAGGAAACAAUUUUGUUAGUCUUCCUGCAAGCAUUAAAUGCCUUUCUAAGCUUCGGUCCAUUAAUUUGAAGAGGUGCAAAAGGCUUCAACAAUUACCGGAUCUCCCAUCGAAUGAGAGAUUAGAAGUUCAGGCAGACGAUUGUGAUUCCCUAAAAAUGUUGUCAGAACCAUCACAGCAGGGCAGAUUCAACAAAUUGGUGUACUUUGGUUUAACAACGGUCAAUUGCUUUGGAUUGAUUGGCAAUGAAGGCUUGAAUAAUGGAAUAUUUUCAACGCUAAGGAGAUUGGCCGCUCAGGGGAUCUCUCCAAAUGGUGCUCCUCUGUCAUUCGGUAUUGUAAGUCCUGGAAGUAAAAUUUCAGAGUGGUUCGAUACUCAAAGCGAGGGAGAUUCAUUGACUGUGGAGCUGCCUUCGGAUCGGGAAUCAUGUACAUCAGAGUGGAUGGGCAUUGUGUUUUGUGUUGUUUUUCCCGAUCCGAAAGAUCCUGUCACUCUCCAGUUUAAUGAUUUGUUAAUUGAAUGUUUAUCGCCUGGGAUUGGUAGAGAACACACACUGCAUAUCGAAAGGCAUAUGAUGGGAGAUCAUCUUUGGAUGUCUUUUAUGCCUCGUGGUCAAAUCCAGGAUACCACAGGCUGCUCUAUUAGGUUCUUAUUCAACGCGUAUUAUUCCUGGUUUGAUCGAAUACCAUGCUCGAAUUGUGUGAAGAGGUGUGGGGCCCGAGUGUUGUACGAGCAAGAUUUGAAAAACCUCCUCAGUGGAACAACCAACAUCUUGAAGCGGAGUCGUGAAUAUUGUGACUUGGAGGAGACACAGGCUGGGGAAGGUCCUAACAAUUGAAAAAGACUCAAGGCAUGAAUACCAAUCGAUCUAUGCGGAGCUGGGCUGCUAGUGGUCUCUUUGGCGACAAUGUUUUUCCACUGUUCUUCCUUUGAGUACCUGAGGAGCCCAUCCACAACAAGAUUUGUGGCACGUUGACCGGGGCUAUCUCUGCCUUUGUUACGAUGCCUUGUUGAUGUUGUUAAGACGAGGCUGAUCAAGAUGUCGCUUUGAUUAGUUUGAAAUUUCUCAUCCAUAUUCCUUUUGAUUUGUUGUCCUCGUUCCUUCUACUUUCAUAUUCAGUCCUACAAGUAGUAAAUUAUUGUGUACAAGUAAAUCCCUAUUUAUGUGUCUGGCCCAAACUCUAGGUUACUUGACCUAGUGAU